AUGCUAUUCAGAUUUAAGACUAAAAGAGAAAAAAGAAUUAAAAGUUAAUUAAUAAAAGCCUGGAAUUCUGUUGUUUUAAUUUACAAUAGAAGUCAAUAUACUAAAAACACAAAAAAUACUUAUUUUCAUUACUAGGGUUGGUUUAUUUAAAGAACAUAAAUGAAAUAAUAUAUAAUAGCAAAUGAAGAAUUGAUUCAAAGAUAAAAACUGAAAUUGUAUUAAAAGUACAAUUCAAUCAUGAAGUUUAAAUAUAUUAAGCAGAACAUUACUUAGAAAAAUACGAAAUAAAUAAAAAGAAACAAAGGCUCUUAGUUGUUUUUUAAUUUUGGUUCCAAUAUGUCUAAUAUAAGAUUAAUUAAAGAAAAUUAGUUAACGAAUUUAUUAAAAAGAGAAAUCUAAUACUUUUGUGUAAAAUACUUACUAUCUUAAAAAUAAAACUGAAAAGCAUAUGAUAUAAUAUAAGGGACUAUAAUAAAGUAAACGAUAUUUACAGGCAAUAAGAAAAGAUAAUCUGUUGAAAUUAGUCAUAUAAACUCUUAGAGAUACUAAAAAUUUGAUUUAGAAGUAUAACGAUACAGAAAAGUAUUUAAAUAAGAAGAAAUUGAAAUAAUUAUUUAUAAAAUUAUACAUAAAAGCAAAAAUAUAAAAGAUACUCCUUAGAAUUGGUAUCAGAAGUAAAUCAUUAUAGAGAAAGUUAUUUACACACUUAUAAUUAUAGAAUAAAAAAAAGAGAUAUGAAUGA